AUGACAAGAAAAUUGAACACGGUUCGUCGUACUGCGACAUUUGCUUGGAGUCCUGGACAUCAAGCGCCUAUGAUUGCCACUGGUACUUUGGCCGGUGCUUUGGACGACUCCUUCUCCAACGCGUCUGAACUGGAGAUCUUUAAAUUGGACCUUCUUCCCGAGUCAAAUCAUCUUGAUCAAACCUCAUACAAAGUGAGCACUGGCUCAAGAUUUAAUACAUUAGCUUGGGGACAUGCUACCACCGAGAAACCACAUGGCAUCAUUGCUGGUGGUAUGGAAAACGGAGAGCUUGAGCUUUAUGAUGCAUCAGCUAUCCUCGAUAACAAAAGCUCUGAAGAUAUCACUAUUUUCAAAAACUCCACUCAUACUGGUACUUUGAAGGCUCUUGAUUUCAACCUGUUUCAAAACAAUUUAUUGGCUUCGGCCGGUAGCAAUAGUGAGGUGUAUAUUUGGGACUUGAAUAACCCCAGCACACCUUAUACACCAGGUGCUCGCUCUGCAAAGAUGGACGAUAUUAGCAGUGUUGCAUGGAAUUGUCAAGUACAACACAUUUUAUCCACUUCAUCCACCAACGGUUACACAGUUGUGUGGGAUCUUCGUAACAAAAAGGAAGUAAUGACACUUGCUUAUGCAGGACAAAAUACCUUGACUGGUGGUAGAGGACCUGUGUCUGCUAUUGCAUGGCAUCCUGAUGUGGCUACUCAAAUUGUCACUGCUUCAGACGACGAUCAACAUCCCAUCAUCUCCUUGUGGGAUCUUCGUCAUGCUCACUCGCCUGAAAAGACAUUGGCAGGUCACUCCAAGGGCGUGCUUGACGUUUCAUGGUGUAGACAAGAUUCUGAUUUAUUAAUCUCGAGCGGAAAGGAUUGCAAGACAUUGUGCUGGAACCCUAAUACAGGCGAACUGAACGGCGAGUUAUCCAGUCAUAGUAAAUGGACAUUUGCUGCUGACUGGUGUCCUCGUAAUCCUGACUUGUUGGCCACUGCUUCUUUUGAUGGCUCGAUUGACGUGUUGUCUAUUCAAGGUACUCAAACCGACCAAGUCUCUGCUGCUGCACCUGUUUCUGACGAUCCAUUCGAAGCCGCACUCUUAUCUGCUGCUCCUUCUGUCAAGCCCUUCGAACUCAAGAAUCCUCCCAAAUGGCUCCGUCGUCCAGUUGGUGCUUCAUUUGGAUUCAGUGGUAAGCUUGUUACAUUUAACAACAAACUGGGGCACGCUGCUGCUGUUACUGCCAGCAUUGUUCCUGGCCAAUCUGCUGUAGCUGCCAACCCCAUCUCCCGUACUGUCAAGAUUUCCACUAUUGAAACUGAUCCCGAGAUUGUCAAGCGUUCCGAACAAUUAGAAUCUGCUACAGCAUCAGGAAGUACGAUCGAAGCUUUAAUUGAAGAACGCAUUCAAGCCGGUAAUGAUCAAGUGGAUUGGGAAGUUUUAAAGACUUUAUUCUCUGAAAAUGCUCGCGAGCAAUUGAUAAAGUAUCUUGGAUUCGAAAAGGAACAAGUAGCUGCUGCUGCAAAUGAGCUGCUCGAAAAGAAGAAGGCUGUUAAAGCUAAAGACGAUGUUACCAAGGAGGAACCUACUGAGAAGGCAACCGAGAAGGAGGAGGAUAAGAAGGUCGAUAUGGAGGCAGAGUCCAAGACAAACACUGCUGCAGCUGUUGACGAUAUUUCCACACCAAAUGACACUGCAUCUACACUCUUUGGACAAUCCGAGGCUGAUGGCCCUGACGACUCAUUCUUUGGUCAAGUCGCAUCUGAGCAGACCAGCCCUGCUGCUGUUGAUGAGAACCCAACGGAUCAAGUCGCCGCUGCUGCUCUCAUUGAAGCUGUCGUUAGCAGGCCUUUUACUCUCUAUCCAGACGCCAGCAACGACACGGAUCGCCUGGUCACUCGCUCCAUCGUGCUUGGCGAUUUCGAGUCUGCUGUCAAUGUGUGUCUUGCUUCUGAACGAUAUUCUGAUGCCUUACUGUUAGCCAUCUGCGGUGGAAGUGAUUUGCUGGCUCGCACGCAAAAAACUUACUUUGAGCAUCAAUCCAAAAAGUUCGCCUACCUUCGUCUCUUGGAGGGAAUCAUGGAAGAAGAUUUGAACUCCAUUGUAAGAGACGCUGAUGUGCAUGAAUGGUCGUCUAUUCUGGUUGUGCUGUGUACAUUUGCGCAAUCCCAGGACUUUGGCCCUCUCUGCCAAAUGUUGGGUGAUCGUCUUUUCGAGCAGGAAGAUGUCGAGCUGCGUAAGAACGCUAAUCUGUUUUAUCUCGCUGCUGGUAAUUUGGAAAAGGUCUCCAAGAUUUGGAUCCAUGAAUUUGAGAGCCAGGAAAGCAACGACAAGAACUCUGUGACCUAUGGCGCUCGUCUUCAAGCAUUGAUUGAAAAGGUCACCAUUUUCCGCAAGGCUAUUGACUACCAAGAUAGUGCCCUUACUGAACAAGAAACUGGCUCAUAUGCCCUUGCCGAUCUCUACACCAAGUACUGUGAAUAUGCUGAAUUCAUGGCCACCCAAGGCAAGCUUGACGUUGCGCUCAAAUACAUCAGCCUCACUCCUGCCACGUUUUCUGCUGAUCAAUCCAGCAUCAGCAGAGGUUCAGUUGUCCGCGAUAGAGUGUAUCAUGCCAAUGCUAGCCAAGCAAAUCAAUACGUCAAGCCAUCAUUCCCUUUCGAGAAGAAACUGCUGUCCAGUGAGCAAGAAACUCAAUACCAGCAGCAACAGCAUGCAGUCCGUCAAAACCCGUACGAGAAGCAACAGCAACCAUUCAAUGCUUAUCAACCCGUGAAAUCUGCAUCACCUGCAGCAGCACAACAACCCACAAACUACUAUGCACCUGUGGCUGCUGUUGCACCUGUCGUACCUGCACCUGUUCCUACGCAGUACAGUCCUUAUGGUCAACCAAAUUACAACCAACAACCUGCUGCUGCUGCUGCUGCUGCUGCUGCUGCUGCUGCUGCUACGAAUAUGGCCUACAACAACUAUGCUCUUCCUGCAGCUGCAACCAACGCAUAUGGUCAACAAGCUCAAGCUUAUGCUCCUUCUCAACAAUACGGCCAACUUCAAUUUACAUCACCCGUUGUUCCAGUGCCUCAUUCCAACUCGAGUACGCCACCUCCACCUCCACCAAAGGCAGCUGGUGCCUGGAACGAUCCUCCCAUGCUUCCUAGCCCCAAGAUGAACAAGAAGAAGGCAUCUCCAGUUGCCGGUGGACCUGCAAAGAGAGUAACAACCCCUUUUGCUAAUGCUCCUCCUGCUGCAGCCUAUGCUGCUGGACCUCCACAACAACAACAGCAACAAUAUGUGUCUCCACCACCACCUAUGAAUGCUACUCCUCCUCCUCCCAUGAGAGGUUUAGGCGGUCCACCUCCACCUCCUUCUUCCAACACCACCGCUGGUUAUUAUAGUGCCCAUCAACAGUUCCAAGGACCACCUCAUCAUCAACAACAACAACAACAACAGCCAUUCCAAGCUCCACCUCCACCUCAAAAGACUGCACCUCCACCACCUCCACCCAUGAAUGCCGUUGCUCCUUCUCCCAUGUUGAGAGGCCCUCCUCCUCAGCAACAACAAAGAUUCUAA